UAACUGAAGUCACUUCUGUGUAACUUUUCUUCUGUUUUGGUCACACUUUACCCACCUCUGGCUCCUCCAGAGGGGCAAACAGCAGUGUUUCUGUAACAUGUAACUCUUAAGCCUGUAGACCUCUUGCUGUGUUAGCCAAGCCCCCCCUCUCACUACCCACACACCAACUAGAAUGCGCGCUGUGUGUGUGUGUGUGUGUUACAGUCUGUCCCGUACAGCCUGCCCAGUCUCUCUGGGUUGCCUGCCUGCUACAGUCCUGCCGUCGUAGUUGGGUAAACUCCAUGGUGAAGACCAGUCAGCCGGCAGACGGCACUGAGUAACCGUGGAUUAAACACACAUUCUGGGCUACUUUGGCGGGAAUAACGGGAAUUACUAAUCGGCGGGACCGAAAGCUUGUGAAGGAGGAGUGUUUUUGAAGCGAGAAACGCAGUUUAGCGAAUCUUCCUGUCAGGCAACGUUAACAAACUCGGUAGAGCCGUUACCAUUAACAGAGAGAGAGCGCGCGCUAGACGGGAAUGGCUUCGUCUCCAUGUAGCACUGCUGGUGGUACUAACUUUGACUGCGGACUCGAAAUCAAAACUCGGUCGGUGGAGCAAACCCUCAUCCCGCUCGUCUCUCAGAUAACCACCCUAAUAAAUCACAAAGACAAGCUAAAGAAGACAGAAAGGACCUUGCGGGCUAUCCAGAAGGUUGGCCAGGCAGUCAGUGUUGCCGUGGGCCGCUUUGUGGCUGUGGGAGAGGCCAUCGCGCUGGAGAAUGAAGAACUGAAGGAAGAGAUGAGCCAUGCUUGCUUUGAGGCCCGGAAAGCAGGAACUGCCAUAGCGCAGCUGACAGACGUAUGUGGUGUGGAGCGGAGUGAAGCCGAUGGCCGCAGUACAGUGUUCAGUGACAGGACGGGUAUGGUGAAGGCUGCCCGCAUGUUGUUGUCUUCCGUCACCAAAGUGCUGGUGCUUGCAGACCGCAUUGUCAUCAAACAGAUCAUCAGCUCCCGCAACAAAGUGCUGGUGACACUGCAACAGUUGGAGCAAGUCAGCACCUUUCAGGAGUUUGUACAGAUCUUCAGCCAGUUUGGUAAUGAAAUGGUGGAAUUUGCCCACCUUACAGGAGACAGGCAGAAUGAUCUUAAAGAUGAGAAAAAGAAAGCGCGAAUGGCUGCAGCUCGUGCUGUGCUGGAGAAGUGCACCAUGAUGCUCCUCACUGCUUCCAAGACGUGUCUGAGACACCCAGACUGUGAGUCUGCACGGAUCAACAAGGAUGCUGUGUUCCAGCGCAUGCGCCUGGCCCUGGACCAGGUCAUAGAGAUUGUGACCGAUGCCAGGACCAGUGGCGAAUCCAAAGCAUUGCCCAUGAGCAUCUAUGCUGGGAUUAAAGACUUUAAGGGUAAGGUGGAGGGUCUGAGGGAUUCUCUGUACUGUGUUCCUUGUGACGCUGUGGCAGCACAGUUGGAGGCCCUGGUGGAGCAGACUGAAGACUUCACAGAUUCAGCCUACACCAGCCAUGAGCAGCGAGAAAGCAUACUGCAGCUGUGCCUCAUCACACGGCAGGAAACUCAGCAGCUCAUCUCCACCUGGAGUCGGGCGCAACAGUCAGUCAAAGCCAAAGAGGUGACAGAGGAAGUGGAGCUGGCCAUUCUAAAAACCUGUCAGAGUGUCAGUGAGCUGAGGCGAGAGCUUCAUAAGGUAGCAGUGGGACGGGCCAGUGAGCUGCUGAAGCUACACUGUGAUCACCUGGUGCUGCAGGCUCUGAAAGCGGCCAGUGGUGAGGGAAACCUGGAGGCGGUGGCUGAGUACGGCCGUACACUGACUGAGCAGAGGGAGCAGCUGGUGGAGACCUGCCGACUGCUGUGCCACAUCUCGGGGACAGAGCCACUGGAGAUCACCUGUAUCCAUGCAGAAGAGACCUUCCAUGUCAUCGGUCCACAAAUCAUUUCAGCUGCGCAGACACUAGCCUUGCAUCCUAACAGUAAGAUAGCCAAAGAGAACCUGGAUGUGUUCUGCGAGGCCUGGGAGUCGCAGCUCAGUGACAUGGCCAUCCUUCUGAAAGAGAUCAACGAUGUGUUUGAAGGCCGCAGAGGUGAUAAAAGGACCUAUCUGUCAUUACCUAGACCAGGGAAGCACUCAGCGAAUCUGAAAACAGUAAAGGCUGCCAAGCUUGAUGCAGAGGAGCAGACCACCAUUGCUAAGCUGGGACUGGAGCUCCGACUGCUCACCUCAGAUGUGGACUCAGAGCUGGAGCGCUGGGAGGAGCAGAAGCAGGAGCAUGAGGUGGUGCGGCAGUGCCAGAGCAUGUCCAGUGUGGCCUACUCCAUGUACCUCUUCACCAGGGGGGAGGGCCUGCUCAAGACUACGUUGGACUUGUUCCACCAAGCUGAGGUUCUGUCAGAGCAGGGUCUUCAGCUGUGCUCUUUCCUGCAGUCCUUCUCCACACAGCUUGUGGAUGAAGAAAAGAUGCUGGUGCUGUCGGAGAUGGAAAGGUUGGCAGCAUCUUGUCAGCAGCUACAAGUCUGUGCAAAGACACUUGUCCAGGGGAAGAGUGCUACCUUUCAGAAGGUGGACACAUCCAUACAGAACACCAAAGGGAUUAUGACAGUUUUGGUCUCUCUCCUGCCACUGUGUAAUAAGCUCAUCAGAAAGUCUAAAUCGGAGCGCAGCAGUUUGGGCUCGCCACAGCACUGGAGAGAGAGGCAGAUCAGCACUCCAGUUAAAGAGGAUGCACUGAACGUAAAGGGCUCGAAUGGCUUCGGAGUCAAAUCCCUGGAACAACACAUGGCCAAUAUGACCUUCCUAGAGAGCAAGUAGCUCUGGGCCCUUUUAGCCUUCCUCUAACGAGACCUGGAGUGUUAUGUCAUUCCACACACGUACACACACACACUCUCACAAAGCGCAUUGCAGUGGACUUGCCCACUGUGUGUCUCUAUGUGUGCUUAGCCCAGAUGUUUUGUGGUGUACAGUAGCUGUUAGCAUAUCAGCCUCACACCGCAUAUAUACAUACACCAAAAAAAAAAAAAAAAAAAAACAACACAAACACGCUCUCCGCCUC